UUUGCCAACAUCCUGGGGCAGGUGCCGCGAGCCUCUGAAGUGAACCACGGCUCGCCUUUGGCAAUGGGGGCUGCCCAAUCGCGGCGCACAGCUUACGCACUUCCAUCUCCCAGGGAAAAGCCAAACAUACCUCACGCUUUGUGUUGUGGUGGGGCGGGCGGUGGGGUGCCAACAAAGCAAAAAUACCCAUGGGGGAAAGUGUUCUUAUGGGGCGAAAUGUUCUUUUUGUGCUUAUUUUCCUUUUCUGCAUUUCCCAUGGGUUUCCUUUUCACACUACACAUGGCAGUAGCGGAACGUCUUUACGCAUCACCAUAG